UGUCUCCAGGCUCCCAAACAGAAGCUGUGCAACUACACUGACCUCCACACGGGGGCGCCCUGGUUCUGCUACAAGCCAAAGAAACUGACCUGCGACACCAGGGUGACCCUGAUAGGAUCCAGACAGAGAAUAAAACUGGAAGAGCGGCUCUUUAAAAGGAGACCCAUCCUGGUGCUAAUGCCUCAGAAAUCACAAUGUCCCUGGAUACAAACAACAAACCCCAACAUGGAGCAGGAAAAGCAGGGGGACAGAAACAGUGGAACCAAUGAAAACAUGAAGACCUGCGGUCCUGCUGGUUAUUACUACCAGGGUGCUUGGCGAACACUAGAUGGCGCCACAGUCCGUCAGUUUAACAAGGCCACAGCAAUCAGCCAGUAUCUGAAAGGGAAGGUGCUCCACCUGAAUGGAGGCUCCACCAUCAGGCAGUGGUUUGAAUAUUUGAUCUCAACAACACCAGAUCUCAAGAUGUUUGACUUGAGAAGUCCAAAGCAAACGGGACCUUUCCUGGCCUUGGAUUAUAAAGACAACAUCUUGGUGACGUUCCAGUGCCACGGCCCUCCCAUUCGUUUCACUAACCUGUUAGUCAGUCAGAUGCGUUAUAUUACCAGUGAACUGAAAGGUUUGGUUGGCGGUACGAACACUGUUGUGGUUAUCGGCAUCUGGUCGCACUUCAGCACUUUCCCCGUUGAGGUCUACAUCCGGCGCCUGCUGAGCAUAUCGAGGGCAGUGGAGCGGCUGUUGACCAGAGCUCCAGGUACGCUGGUCAUCAUCAGGACCGCGAACCCCAAAGCGCUUUCCCUCUACAAGACUCUAACCAACAGUGACUGGUAUUCCUUACAGCAUGACAAGGUCCUGAGGGCAAUAUUCAAAAGAGUGAAAAUCCGACUGGUUGAUAACGAGUUUUCUACUGUUUUUAGUUGACGGUUAUCUGGCAUAUCGGAAAAUUUGGAAGGUGUCGGCAGCUGUUUCGGCCCUUGUCAGUCUGGUGAUGAUGCUAAAGAAGAAAAACGGAAGAAAAACAGCGAGUGACUGAGGGUCAUUGCGCGUAACGGGAACCCUGUAAAUUCUAGAC